UCUGUAUAAUGAGAUUGUCAUCAAUUGAUAGACUAUUUGCUACUAAACGCCCAUUAAUUUGAUUGCAUUUAACAAUAAUAUUAAUCACUUUAACCAUUAAAUCAUUUUAAUUGUCUUUAAUUAUAAUAAACAGUUGACUAUUACCACACAACUGAUCCAAAAUGGCUUUGAGUGACGCAGACGUUCAGAAACAGAUCAAACAUAUGAUGGCUUUCAUUGAACAAGAGGCCAAUGAAAAGGCAGAAGAGAUCGACGCCAAGGCUGAGGAAGAGUUUAAUAUAGAGAAAGGAAGACUUGUUACCGAACAGAGACUGAAGAUUAUGGACUUCUACGAGAAAAAGGAGAAACAGGUGGAACUGCAGAGGAGAAUUCAGAACAGUCACAUGCAAAACAUGGCACGACUUAAGGUUCUUAAGGCACGAGAAGAGCACAUACGUAAUGUCAAUGAAGAGGCCAGACAUAAGCUCAUGGAAGUGACUAAAGAUCCCAAUCUAUACCAAAAAGUUCUUCAAAAGUUGAUCGCACAGAGUUUGUUUCAACUCUUGGAGAAACAAGUGGUCGUCCGGUGUCGACAACAGGACAUUCGUAUUGUUGAGAAUGCUAUGGGAUCCGCACAACAGGAAUAUAGAGACGCCACUGGAAAGGAUGUGGAGAUGAAAUUAGAUACCGAAAGUUUCAUUGGAUCCGAUAGUUGUGGAGGAGUGGAACUGAUAGCAAAUAAGGGUAAAACCAAAGUGACCAACACUUUGGAGAGUCGUCUUGAAUUGAUUAGUCAACAGUUGUUGCCUGAGAUUAGAACAGCUCUUUUCGGUGGUAAUGCUAACCGAAAAUUCAAUGAUUAAGACAUAACGUGUAAUACAAUUGCAAAUAUUAUAGCGUUAAUCACAUUCCAGUUAUUGCUAUUAUUAAAAAAUAAUCGGAAAUAUCUUUUGGAUAUCAUUUUGUUUUACUUUGUUUUUAUUAGUUUUAUUUGAUUUACAAUAAAUAGUAUAUACAGUAUAUAUCAUAUACUAGUCCAGAGUGUACUCUAAAUGUAGACAUAUUAACGAUUAAACGGAUUAAUGUAAUUAAAUUUAAUAUAAUUAAAUCACACAGUUUAUCAAUACAACG